UGGAAUUUUAUACAAUGCACAGGAAGGUCCUGUCUUAUGAAGGCCCACAGAGAGGCGACCUAGAGGAAACUAAGAAACUACUGAGCCUUGUUUCUAAGAUUGAAGAGCAAGAGAUUAUUGAGCGUUACAAAGAUGAACCAGAGCUCAAAGAAGAUCAAGACAUUAAUAUUCUUCAAUAUUUUCUUUUUACCAAGAGGAAAUAAUGCCCUGAAUGAGGUUGUGCUCCUUGUUCAAGAAUGGCAGAGAACUGUCAAGAUAGAGAAGAACUUUGAAGCAAGAGAUUGCCAGUUAUACACAAUUGGUAGCUACGCUCUAGGAGUUCUUGACAUUGAUUCAGAUAUCGAUUGAGUGCUUGUUGCUCCUGAAGAAUUUUCAAGAGACACAGAUUUCUUUACUAAUUUUGUAAAGCUCUUACAAGAGAAUGAGAGUGUGUCUGAUAUUCUUCCUCUUCCUGAUACUUAUGUUCCGAUAGUCAAAUUUAAGUAUAAUUCAUUCUCUUUUGACAUCCAGUUUGCAAAUUAUGAAGAUUGAGCAGAUUUUGGAAUAUUUCAACACUUUUUAAGUAAGGAUCUUGAUAGAGGCUCAUUGCUUGCAAUAAACAGUAUCAGAAAUCUUGAGGCCAUUAAAAAUCUAGUUUGAUAUCCCAAGUUUCAGAAUGUACUAAGAAUGGUAAAGCUUUGGGCUAGGAAGAGAGGAAUCUAUUCAAACAUCUAUGGCUAUCUUGGAGGUAUUUCAUGGGCUAUCCUAGUUGCGCAGACAUGAAUUAGCUUUCCAAAUUUUGAAAUUAACAGACUUUUCCAUAUGUUCUUCAAUCUUUUCGAUGUUUGGAAAUGGCCAGAGCCUGUCAUUCUUACAUCUAUAGAUAUUCCUGAAGUUGAGGACAUCAAUUUGGAUUUGAAUGUUUGGAAUCCUAACCUUAAUUACGAUGAUGCAGAGCACAUAAUGCCAAUUAUUACUCCUUACUACCCUCAGUUUAACACAAGUGUAAAGGUAAUUCCUGCAACAUUGAGUAUAAUUAAAAAGGAAUUUCAUCGUGCUUGAGGAUUCUUGAAGAGCAAAGAGGAGAGUUUAGACACAAAGAUCAGUCAGCUCUACGAACCAUAUGAUAUAACUGACGACUUCUCUCUAUUUCUCAGAUUAGACAUGAUCUCAAGCAAGGAGGAUAUCCACAGGUGGUCCGGAAUUAUCCAGAAUAAGCUAAGAGUGCUUUUGCUCUCACUGCAAAAUAUCAAGAAUUUAAGUUUCAGGCUUAUCCCUCAAGUUUACAGAACUGAUGACACUUCAGAAACUUUAGUUAUUGGGAUGAAGUACAAGAAGCCAAAAGAUAAACCAGAACUGAAGGAAUCUACAGACAAUGGUAAUGUCCAGGAUGCUCCACCAGUCGAAGAGUCUAAGCAUCAAACACAAAAUGGAGUUCUAGCCCAAAAGACAGGUAAUUUCAAGCUUGAUUUGUCUGUACCGAUAUUAGGCUCAGGCGAAAAGAAUUUAAAGGAAGAUUCGAUACCACUUUCAGUAGAAUUCGAUCAUAAGUGAACUCUUUCAGAAACUCUUGAUAUCAAAGAAGAAGUAAAGAGCUUUAUAGAAUGAGUUCAAGGCCAUAGAAGCCUCCUUUGCGGUGAUACUAUUAAGAUCAAGUUGGUAAAAGACCUUGAUGAUCUAGCUGCUUAAUUACCACCAUAAAUAUGUAUCCCUAUCAUAAUAACCCCCUUU